CUUGAGAUAUAAGCGCAGAUUGAAGGAAGAAAACCGGUGAAACCGGUUAUGGUAAGGUCGAGCACGUACACGGUCGCUUAAAAGGUUGUUUUACCCUAUCCGUCCGGCCCUCUUUCUCUCCCUAAACUUCUGCAAGCAGCCCUCUCUCCCUCAAUCCGUCACCAGACGCCCCGUGUAGCCUCUCUCUCUCUUCCCCUCUUUCUCCGAUGGCGGAUUCGAUGAGUCAGCGAUGACGAGCAGGAUUACUAAUCCGAUCGAGACUCCCUCAAAGGAAUCGAAAACGACGAUGAAGACGAUUGCGAUUGGCCUUCUCCAAACGUGCCCUCUUGUCAGGUUAUCACAAAAGAAUCGCUUUUGGCUGCGCAGAGUCACCGAAUUUUCCAAGAAUCUGUUAGACUUGGCACUUUUAAACUGUUUCAUGGAUUUUGCAGGUUUUCUGGAGCAGAUAGGGAGUGGACUCUCUCAAAGUAAUUCAAACAAAGAAACCCCAAACUUGCAAAAUGCUUUGCCUCUCUCAACACGCCAAAGAUCCCAGUUCUGUUGCUUGGUCAUGCAUCAUGACAUGCUCUGUGGUUUGUGCCAUGCAUCAUGCAUGCUUAAACUAGGAGUGGAGCAUAGAGGAUUUAUUUAUUUAUUUUUCAUGUAUUCAGACCAUUGUAAACUUAUUGUUGUAAAUAUAUAUAAUUUUUAUUAUAAAGUUGUACAAUAAAUAUAUAUAAAUCCGUAAGGUAGGGCAUGCUUAAUGUGCAUGUAUAAAUUUUUGCUG